AAGGGCAGAAGCACUACGCAGGACCGAUUAAAGAGGUUAUGGAGAAUAGGAAUAUACGGUCGGCGCUUUUAAGGCAGGGAAUUGAAGCCUCACAUAACCACGAUGUAAAAAUCGUGGCUGCUUGAAUUGAGGAUCUUUUAUUACUAAAGACUAAACAGCGCAUAUCUGCGGCAAAGCGUACCAAAAGGAAUAGCCAAUCUUUGCCUGGAGAAUGGAACGUCAGCAUCUUCCCCCGCUUUCAUAUUACGAAUACGAUAUUACUAUCUCGAAUAUUUUUAUUAAGAUAUUUCGCAUUGAGUAUAUUAGCUUUGCCAAUGGGCAGUCUUAGCAAUGGGUUCUGCGAAUAAAGUAAGCGUUGCCUUACUCUCGGACGAAGACAUACCAACAUGUUUCCAAGUCGUGUCAAAGAGCUUCGGCCACGAUGCGCCAUUCGUGGAUAUAUACUUCCCGAACCAUGACACGCCUUCGGGUCAAGCGCAAGGGUCUAAACGUUUAUUAGCGUGGAAACAAACUGACCCGAGCUCCACGUUUUUGAAAGCGGUUACACAGGCCGGUCCGGAUGGUCCGGAACAGAUUAUCGGUCUCGCGGUUUGGACGCUUAUGAAGGAAGCUCCGGAGGCGGAGCUUGAGAAGGCGGAGAAUGUUGAGGAGAAUUGGCCGGAUAGGGAUGAUCGCGAGUUUAUGGCUCGGUUGUGGAGGGAGUAUGUUGCACCGCGGUCUCGGAUUGUUGAGGAAUCUGGUGGGAAGGGUGUUUAUGUUCUCGAAUUGCUGGCGGUCCAUCCGGAUUAUCAGCGUCUAGGGGCGGGCGCGGCUCUUGUUGAAUGGGGGACUAGUGCUGCGGAUGAGCUGGGACUUAAGUCAGUCGUCGAGGGUACUCCGGUAGCACGGCGACUCUACGAGAAAUGCGGAUUUCGCGUGGAAAUCGAAGAAAUGAGAUUCGACACCGGGAAAGAAUUCGCCGCAAGGAGGAAACCAAAGCUAAUAUUUAUGACAAGAGCCCCCGAAUCAUAGGAGCUUCAAUAAUUGCCAAGGAAUUCAUUGUAUUUUAUUAUGAAAAUUCACCUAUAUCCACUCUUUAUCGUCGGCGCGAUUCUCUUCAAGAUAAUCGUAUAUCUCUUCAUAGUUCUUACACACAUGCUUAGCAUCCCAUCCGUCACUUCCGUCGAAACC